AUGUUCCUCUCUUUCUUGAACAUAAUCGUCAACAGUAUCCCAGAGCUUCUCUGGGCCCUCUUAAAUGGCUAUCCCCCGUUAUCAUCCACUGGGGCGCAGCCUGCAACACCCGAUUCCCCGAAGCCUGGAGGCCCCGGCCUAAUAGGCACAGUGGUCGGUUCCGCUACCUCAGGGGCAGACCCUCUUCCACCUACAUCAGUCACUCCUGUGCCACAACAGCAAUUAAAUGUCCCUAGCCAAGGCGAAGACCUCGGCACCGAGAUUCGAUUGUCAAGACCGGAUCCCCAUCUCUUCGCACUCAUUAUCGGGAUUAAUGAUUACAAAUAUCCCAGUACUCCCAAUUUGCUUGGAGCGGUCCCCGAUGCCGAUGCCGUUCGAGAUUACUUACAAGAACAACUCGGAGUCCCAAGCUCCCAAAUCAUAAAUCUCCGAGACAGUCAAGCCACGCGGGCUGCAAUUCUCCACGAAAUCCAUGCGUUUAUGAAUGAUGACCGGAUCCAGAAGGGAGAUCCAAUCCUUAUUUAUUAUGCCGGGCACGGUGCAAGCGCGCACGCACCCCCGAACUGGGAGGCUGGAGGGUCUCAUAUCCAGCUGCUAGUUCCACACGACCAGUCUUGCAUCGAUUGCAGUGGCCACUUGGUCCACGGAAUCCCAGAUCGUACACUUGGGGCUCUGCUUACCCAAAUCGCAGACAAGAAGGGGGAUAAUAUUUCUGUCAUUUUUGACUGCUGCCACUCUGGUUCUGGCACGCGUGCAGAUGUUGCCGAGCCUACCCGCUUGGAUAGAGGCAUCGAAGUUAAGACGAGUCUCCCAGCUGAUCUAGACCAGGAGAUUUGGAAUUCUCCAUCCUCGUCAUCCGAAGAGCGUGCAAUAGCAAUCUCUGCCGGUUUCGCUCACAGCGGUCUUCGAUCCCACGUACUUCUCGCGGCAUGUGGCGCGGAAGAGCGUGCCAGAGAAGAAAGAGCAAGAGGCCUCUUCACGAAGGCACUGAUUGACGCACUUAUUAGCUAUGGAACGGAUAAGCUCACAUACGCUGAUGUUAUUAAGCGAAUGUCACCUCUGCCAACACAGAAUCCACAAUGCGAGGGCGUCAAUCAGAAACGAAUCCUGUUCAAUGCAAAGAGCGCAGCCCGGCGACGCGUGCUCUACAAAAUACACAAAGAUGGUGACAAAUAUGUGAUAAGCGCGGGGGCAGCCCAUGGCAUCACUGCCAAUGCCCGCUUCGCAAUUUACCCAGACCAAGACUCAUCUCUAAAGCAAGAUCCCCUAGGCACCGUCAUCGCUCACCCUCCAGAGCCUUUCAAGACGGACGUAUAUGCUGAGGGAUCCAACUUCACGCUUGAGACGGAGGGAUUUGCGCUUCAGACUCGUGCAGGAGACGAGGAAGAUCUGAAGGUUCAUGUUGCACUGGAUGAAAAGCUUACUUUCAUCUUUCAAGCACUCGCUAAGGAGAUGCAAAGGACCGAUCCCGCGCGCAGAACCAUCAUUCCGGUCGAAAAAAAGGAAGCCGCUAAGCUUGACAUCGCGCUUGAGGACGGAAGCGUCGUCUUCAAUAUCCUCCACUCUGUGACUUCACAGUAUGGGCUGACACGUAUGCCUUGCACUAUCAAGCCAUCCUUCAACGCUGUCCAACUUGUCAUCUAUGCCGCCGCCAACUUCUACUGGCACCUCGACCGCAAGAGUACGAGUGGUAGUCUGCAAAACUUUGUCAACAUCGAGUUCAAGCGGCUUAAAAAAUUACGAGAGGUCGACCAUGAUGGCUACAACGUCCUCCUUGAGGACGGUCCAAAUCUGAUUCGUUCCAGUGUGAUCGAUCUGCAAGUCGAUGACACCGCACAAUAUGGUCUCAAGAUUAUCAAUAACUCGAAAGUGCCACUAUACCUGUCGGUAUUUUUUUUCGAUAGCAGCGACUUGAGCAUCGACUCGUGGUAUGAGCCGCCGACCGCCAGCGGCACUGUCGACCCACCUCUUCGAGGGAAAAGCUUCUUCACCAUAGGCUACGGUAAUUCAGGGACAAAUCCGCGCGAUUUCUACCUUCGAGAGGGACAAAAGCUCGAUGUCGGGUUCUUGAAAGUGUUCCUCUCGACAGAAUAUGUUGAUCUAUCACAUAUCCCUCAGCCGUCGCCCUUCGAUAGGGACCGCGCUUCAAGGCAAGCCCCUCGUAAGCCUCAAGAAGCCUGGGACACUAUUCUAAUCCCAGUAAUCCAACGAAGCGCAUUCUAA